ACUCACUUGCAAGGACGGCCAACCAUCGCCUCGUCGCAAAGUACAAUCUGAAUCUGCUACGAAGCAUAGUACAAUAUCUGGCACGGCUGGCUAUUUUUAUUCUCAGGUGCUCGGGAUAUGGUUCUGACUUGGGUAGCAUCUAAGCUGCCCUCUUGGCUACAUCUACCUCCACGCUCGACUGCUCGACACAUCUUCUACGGAAUCAUCAUCGGCUUCUCCCUAUCACUGACCUCAACCUCUUUCGCUCUGUGGUAUCAAGAACGGAAGAGGGAGCGCAUUUCCAAGCAAUUCGAAGCACGUCCGAUUGAGCUCAGAAGCGACGAGGUCAUCAAUGGGGUGACAGGACUUGUCGGAAACACACCACUGGUGCGAAUAAACUCCCUGAGUGAUGCUCUCGGCGUGGAGAUUUUGGGGAAGGCAGAGUUCCUCAACCCAGGAGGAAGUGUCAAAGACCGUGUUGCACUGCGAAUGAUCGACGAUGCAGAACGUCAAGGGCUCUUGCAUCCGCAUACAGGUUCCCGAAUCUUCGAGGGCACAGUUGGCUCGACUGGGAUCUCUAUAGCUACGGUUGCAAAGGCUAGAGGUUACGAAGCAACUAUAAUUAUGCCCGACGAUGUUGCACAGGAGAAGGUACAGGCGUUACUUGCCCUCGGCGCCCAAGUAGAGCGUGUACGACCCGCGAGCAUCGUUGACAAGAAGCAGUUUGUGAACCUUGCUCGCGACCGCGCCAAAGCAUUCGGGCUCGAUGACGGGCCCUCCCCUAGCCUCCAUGUGCCGCGUGGUCACUUGCUGCCCACAGCCAGCUCGUCUGUGAUUGUUUCGACAGCUGCCACAGACGCGCUGGGUGAGGAGGAGGCCUUGAUGUCGCCCAAACAAGAGGAAGAAUUACGCGUCAAGCCUCGAGGCUUUUUCGCCGAUCAAUUCGAGAACAGGAGCAAUUACGAGGCACACUUCGACGCUACGGGCCCCGAGAUCUGGAGGCAGGCCAAUGGCAACAUAGACGCGUUUGUGUCUGGCGCAGGCACUGGUGGCACAAUUGCAGGCACCGGGCAAUUCCUGAAGUCGAUCAAUGAGGACGUCCUGGUCGUCCUCGCGGACCCCGAAGGCAGCGGGCUAUACAACAAGAUCAAGCAUGGCGUGAUGUUCGACCGCAGGGAGGCCGAAGGCACGAAGCGGCGUCACCAAGUCGACACAGUCGUCGAGGGAAUAGGGAUCAACCGUUUGACAAAAAACUUCGAGCUCGCGCUCCCCAUCAUCGGGGACGUAUUUCGGAUAACAGACGCAGAGGCCGUCAGCAUGGCCCGCUACCUCGUGCAGCACGACGGGUUGUUCCUCGGCUCGAGCAGCGCGUGCAACCUCGUGGCGUGCGUGAAGCUCGCGAAGAAGAUGAGGUGGAAGGAGGGCCAGCGGAUCGUCACCAUCCUAUGCGACUCUGGUAGCCGACAUUAUUCGAAGCAUUGCAGGAACGACGAUUACCUACACAACGCCAACAUACCGAUCGAUUCUCGCAUUGUAGAAGACCUGUUGGCGCAAUGA